AUGAACAAUUUUCAAAUUGCCUACACUGUAGUUUAUGUUACAAUCUCAUUUGUGCUAUAUUUUUUGACGAUUUUUGUGAUUCUCAAAUUUUGGAAAGAGUUCAACACCUCGUUUUUCAGAAUUUAUGUUUUCAAUUUUUUCAUUGUGAGUUCUUUUUUUGGGUGCCGAAAAUUCCACGUGGAAAAAAUUAUGACUUUUCAGAACAUCACAGAUUAUAUCGCUAAACUUCUAGUCAGCGGAAUCGCAUCUUCAACUUGUAAAAAUGAUUGUUUAUUUUCAUCUUGGUACAAAAAUCAAAGUGUAGAAAAUCCAGGAAAUUAUCCGCUUCCAACAAUUUAUACUUUAUUAAUUAAUUGUAUGUUUAUACAAUAUUCUAUGAUUAUUAUUAUAUCAAUUAAUCGAUUUUCUAUUAUUUUUAUGUUUAAAAAUAUUGAACAGGUCAGUUUUUGGGGGAUAGACUAAUUCGACUACGCUGUAAACAUUCAUGACGUCAAAAAUUGCUGAUUUUCGGGUUGAAACCGCGUGUAGUUUGCAGAAAAAACAUCUGAAAACAACGAAAUAUGCGCCAACCCCAAACGCGUCAGUGUUUUGAUCCUAGCGUGUUUUGUGUGCAUAACCGGCAAUUUGAAAAUGACCCUUUUUGCAGAUUUGGAACACCCGUAUUCUCCCAAUUAUUUUCCUAAUCCUCCCAUUUUUCCCACUUAUCAUAACUCAUCCAAUUUUCACAAAUAUCGCAUAUUUUCAAUAUAUUGAAGCAUCCGAUUCAUAUUUUGCAGUAACUUUGGCAAAUCGAACUCAAAUCUUCGAAUAUGUCGUGAUUUAUAUGUUUUUCAGCACAAUAAUUUCAGCAAUUUUGAAUUUUUUGAGUUUCUGUCGGCUUAAGAAAAUGCAAGUGCAAAGUUCUGCAAAAAAUGGGGAGAAAAAUAUGCUUUUCAUCAGUUUUGUAUAUUUUGUGAUACAAAGUUUAGCAUUAUUGAAUUUUGUAAGUGUUUUCAUUGUAUUUUUUAAAAGCAAAAAUGGGUUUUUCAGGUAUUUUUGAUGGUUUUUAUUAAUCCAACAAACACAAAUUCCUGGCAUAGCAAAAUAAUUUAUCAAACUUUGGAUAUUUGCUACGAUUUAAUAACUUUGAAUGCUCCCUGGACUAGUCCUAAUUAUUUUCAGUCAAAAAUCCAGAAAGUACAUCACAACGUUUUCGCACAAAAAAUCUGAAAUUGGUAAAAAAUCGUCGGUUUUUGUGUCGAAAAUUGUUCAAUAAAUUGGUUCUUUGCUCAAGUUCCGAAUUUCCGGGAAUGAUUAUUUUCUGACGCACAUUUGAACUUUUGAUUUGAUUUUGUCCAAUUUUCUGUGAAGUGUGAUAUUCGUAGGCAAUUUUUUAUUAUUAGUUUUGAUUAAUUUUUCCGCCUGGUUGCGGAUUUUUUCAGAUUUUUUUCGAGCUUUUUUGGAACCUUAACUCAAUUUUCUUAUUUUUUCAGCCCGAAAUGUUUUUUUUCUCAUACUGAUUAAUUUUUCUCAAAAAUCUAUUUUCCAGCUGUGUUUUUUUUCAGUAGCAGCACAAAAAAGAUCAGAAAAACCAAGUUUUUUUCAGAUUUUUCAGCCAGAAAUGAACAAUUUUCAAAUAGCCUACAGUAUAGUCUAUGUUUCGGCCUCAUUUUUGCUAUAUUUUUUGACGAUUUUUAUGAUUUUCAAAUUUUGGAAAGAGUUCAGCAGCUCGUUUUUCAGAAUUUAUCUUUUCAAUUUUUUUGUGGUGAGUUUUUUGGGGGGACCCGAAAAUUUUUUUGAGAUUCAAAUUUUUCUUCACGUGGCAAUAAUAUUUUUUGCGGCGAAACGUGCAAUUUUCAAAAAUUCAAAUUUCCUCGGCGCAAAAAUCAAAAUAGAAAUUCCCAGAACAUUUUUUUUUGUUAAUUAAAAAAAACAUUGAGCGCAAAAACCAAAACACGGUUCAAAUUUUCACGUCAAAAAACCCCCGAUGGUCCAGUGGUAUACAUUUUUGCCUACCAUUCACAACACCAGAGUUCGAUCCCCCUACCAGCGAACGAUUUUUUCUUUUUUUCAGAACACAACAGAUUACAUAACUUCAUUAUUUUUGAGUCGAAUCGCAUCUUCAACUUGUAAAAAUGAUUGUUUAUUUUCAUCUUGGUUCAAAAAUCAAAGUGUAGAAAAUCCAGGAAAUUAUCCGCUUCCAACAAUUUAUACUUUAUUAAUUAAUUGUAUGUUUAUACAAUAUUCUAUGAUUAUUAUUAUAUCAAUUAAUCGAUUUUCUAUUAUUUUUAUGUUUAAAAAUAUUGAACAGGUCAGUUUUUGGGGGAUAGACUAAUUCGACUACGCUGUAAACAUUCAUGACGUCAAAAAUUGCUGAAUUAUCAAACUUUUCAAGCAUGCUAACAAGAUCAUUAUGAAAUUCUGAAACUUAUGUUGGAAAAAUAUAGGAAACCCUAGUUUCAGUUUGCAGAAAAAUCUGAAAACAACGAAAUAUGCGCUAACCCCAAACGCGUCAGUGUUUUGAUCCUAGCGUUUUUUGUGUGCAAAACCGGCAAUUUGAAAAUGACUCUUUUUUUCAGAUUUGGAACACCCGUAUUCUCCCAAUUAUUUUCCUAAUCCUCCCAUUUUUCCCACUUAUCAUAACUCAUCCAAUUUUCACAAAUAUCGCAUAUUUUCAAUAUGUUCAAACAUCCGAUUCAUAUUUGGCAACAACUUUAGCAAAUCGCGACGAAAUCUUCGGAUAUGUUGUGGUUUUCAUGUUUUUCAGCACAAUAAUUUCAGCGAUUUUGAAUUUUGUUAGUUUUUGUCGGUUGAAGAAAAUGCAAGUGCAAAAUUCGAAUGCGGCGAAAAAUGGGGAGAAAAAUAUGCUUUUCAUCAGUUUUGUAUAUUUUAUUAUACAAAGUAUGGCCCUUAUUAAUUUUGUAAGUUUUUCGCGCCAAAUUUUCCCCCACAAAAAUAAUUUUUCUCACAGAUCUUAUUGGCAAUUUACAUCACACCGGAGAAUUCAGAUUCCACAAGAUCAAAAAUAAUCUAUCAAACUUUGGACUUCACAUACGAUUUGAUAACUUUGAAUGCUCCCUGGACUCUGAUUAUUUUCAGUCAAAAAUCCAGAAAAUAUUUAAUGCGAAUUUUUGGCGCCAAAAAUGCGGCGAAUUCGAAAAAUUCGGUUUUUGUUUCGAAAAUUGGACAUACUAUGACGAUUACUUGA